GUCACUGCAGCCUCUGUGGCUCCUCACCCCGCGGCUUACUGCUUCCGUGGGGACAGGGAUCACAAAGGAACAGAAACCGGUCGGUGCUACAUCCAAACAAUAAACAAUGGGCAAGAAGCACAAAAAGCAUAAGUCGGAAAAGCACGGUUACGAAGAAUACGGAGAAAGGCCGCUGAAGUUGGUUUUAAAAGUAGCUGGAAACGAAGUGACGACAGGAAGCUCGAGUCUCGAUACAUUUUACGAUGAGCAGCCGGCGGACAAACCAAAGGAGAAGAAAAAGAAGAAGAAGAAAAGGGAGGAUAAGGAAAGGAGCUUUGGAUCACCAGAGGAGGACAAAGGAAAGAAAAAGAUGACCAAGAAGAAGAAAGGACAGGAUGCAGAAGGAGACUGGGACGACCGAGAGCAGAGCAGGACUCCUAUCCGCUCAGAGCUGAAUAAAUUGGAAGAAAAAGAACAGACCCCUCUCCAAGAAGCUUUGAAUCAGCUCAUCAGACAGCUCCAAAGGAAAGACCCCAGUGCAUUUUUCUCAUUUCCAGUGACUGACCUCAUUGCGCCAGGCUACUCCUCGGUUAUCAAGCAGCCCAUGGACUUCAGUACGAUGAAGGACAAAGUUAAGAAAGAGUGCUACCAGUCAUUGGAAGAACUUAAGGCAGAUUUCAAGAUCAUGUGUGACAAUGCCAUGAUUUACAACAAACCAGAGACAAUCUACCAUAAAGCUGCACGGAAACUGCUGCACUCUGGAAUGAAGAUUUUGAGCUCGGAGAGGCUAGAAAGCCUGAAACAGAGUAUUGAGUUCAUGUCUGGCCUGGAUCCGUCUGCCAGCAAGCCAGGGAAGACUGAGGAAGAAGGGGGCAUGAGCGUGGAGCAGAGCAGACAGGGGCCUGUGAGCACAGACAACAGCGAACGCUCCCAGACUCCCAGCACCCCCAGGCAGGACAAGGAUUCCAAGGACGAGGCGCUGAAGGCAGAGAAAGAGCUGGAGGAGAUCCGUAAAGUCAUCCAGGACUCUGGAGGCAAGCUGUCCAACAGAGUGCUGCAGUCUGAGCUGGACUUUGCGAGGCGGAAGGCUGAUGGCUCCACCACCCUGGCCAUCCUCAACCCAGCAGAUCUGUCCGUGGGAGAUGCAGGGUACUGCCCUGUUAAGCUGGGCAUGAUGUCCAACCGGCUGCAGAGCGGUGUAAACACCCUGCAGGGCUUCAGGGAGGACAAGAGGAACCGGAUUACCCCAGUGUCCUACAUGAACUAUGGGCCAUUCACCUCCUACGCACCCACCUACGACUCCAGCUUCGCCAAUAUCAGCAAGGAGGAUUCGGACCUUAUCUACUCUUUCUACGGAGAGGAGUCUAGUCUGCAGGGCUCCGAGAGCAGCAUCACAGAGUUCCUGGCCAAAUCAGAGGAGUACAUGUACAAACUGGCAGACAAUCUUCUGGAUGCAGUGACGAAUGGGGAGCAUUCCAAAACCCUCAAGGACACAGAGCCAACUGCCCAGCAGGUGGAACAGCCAGCAAAUACACAACCUGACAAGGACAACAUGGAGGUAGUUGUACCUGAAGCAACCAGUGGCAGCAGGCUUGACUCCCUGAGUUCUGCUAUAGGCCUGGGCUUAGGCCUGCAGACUGCCGAGGACCUGUCUGGAGAGGCCCUGCACUUCCAGCAGAAACUGGAUGAAACUACAAAGCUCCUCCAUGAGUUGCAGGAAGCACAGAGGGAGCGUCUGAGUGCCAAGCAGCCACCUAACAUGAUCUGCCUGCUGGCCCCGACUGCCAAGGAGCUGCAGCUGGCUGAGAAGGUGACAGAGAACUUGGCUGAGCUGACGGGCCAGGUCACCCCGUGUGACGUCAGCAGCGUGCAGGGCAUCAGGAAGGCCAUGGGCAUCUCUCUGCCUCCAGAGCCAGCUGGACCCUUCAUAGACCUCACUACAGUGCAGGAGAUGGCUGAGCCGAUGGAGACUUUGUCUGGUUGCCAGGAGAGGCCUCCAGUUGUUGCUGUAUAACAAACCUCAACUCCAACCACAUGGCUAAUUUCAUAACUCACAUUUUGUACAAAAGGUGUUUUUUUUUUUGGUAUGUAUGAGACAUUUGUAUGCAUUUCAAUCAAUAAACCUCUUUUAUAUAAAU